CCCCAAAUUAAGUGUGUGUCAACGCCACAACCCAUCGCGGGAAAAGCACACACCACACAGACACACAGACACAGACACACAGACACACCCGUGGAACGCCUCUCCCGAUCGAAGCUUAAUACCGAUAUCUGAUGCAUGGUUGCUUACCCUGGCGGCACCACUACGUCGACCUCCACCGCCCUCGGUUUCCCGCUGAUGAUACACAGUAUUCACGGCAGUAUGUUAUAGUAUCUCUUUCCAUGAGAUGCUGGGAUUGAUCGAUCUAUCUAGUAACUGGCUCUUUUGCAAAGGUAUACAUCAACUCAUCACGGUGAUGGGAUCAGGGUCCAGACCCUUGAACAAGGAUGAGCAAUACAAGGAACUCAAGCAAAUCAUGGUCAUCAUUAUCACUAUCGCUCUUUGCCGAAAGGGCCAGACGCAAAGUCUCGAAAAUCCACGCAAGUGAGAAAGCAUGAACUAGAUCUAUCAGCUCCCUGCCCUAUCUAUCCAUCUACCUAUCUAAUACCAUUCCUCUAAUUGGUUUCUUUUCUUCUUCGGG